AUGAAACAUGAUCGCAAUUAUCUCCAACAUUUUCAAAACAUCGCACAUUCCCCAACACCCAAUCCCCAACACUUCCUCAUUCCUCCAACACCCUUCACCAUUCCUCCAACACCUAAUCCCCAACACUUCCUCAUUCCUCCAACACCCUUCACCAUUCCUCCAGCACCCAAUCCCCAACACUUCCUCAUUCCUCCAACACCCAAUCCCCAACACCCUUCACCAUUCCUCCAACACCCAAUCCCCAACACUUCCUCAUUCCUCCAACACUUCCUCAUUCCUCCAACACCCUUCACCAUUCCUCCAACACCCAAUCCCCAACACCCUCAUUCCUCCAGCACCCAAUCCCCAACACCCUUCCUCAUUCCUCCAACACCCUUCACCAUUCCUCCAGCACCCAAUCCCCAACACUUCCUCAUUCCUCCAGCACCCAAUCCCCAACACUUCCUCAUUCCUCCAACAACCCCUCCCCACCAUCCCAUCCCCUUCCCAUCAAAAUUGUCAAAAUCCUCAAAAUUCCUGAAACCUCAAUAUGCUCAAAACGCUCAAAAUGUUCAUCAGAUUACUCAAAAUGCUCAAAUUCCUUAA